AUGGCCUACGUUCCUCAUUGCUUUAUCUUUGACUUCAGGUCAAAAGUUCUUGAAGGAAUCCAGCAUACAUCAAUCUCUUAUGCAAUAGCCAAGUCCCUGUGGGAGUAUUCUUUGUUUUUAGCUGGAGUUUCCAAAGAUAAAAGCAUAAACAUUAUGUUCGACAUCUUUAUUAUCUCCCCUGAAGGAGAACUAUUCCAUCCUUUCCCAAAGACAACGUUCAACCACACAGAUCUCAAGGAAAUCCUUUCGUACAUGAUAACAAUCCACUUCGAAAACCCGAUUCCAACUGCUCAGAACCCUUUGUUCACUGCUAUCGAAAUGUGCGACACUUCUCUUCCUGUUCACGUAUUCCUUCCAAGCUCAGGAUACUUCUUCGAUGGCAUUGUUUCGUCAAUCAAGAGGAGAACUACGAUAAACCCAACUUCUCCAAAGAUUCAGUUCGUAAUCAUCGGCGAAAAGAACGAAAUCAGCGAAUACUACUCAGAAAUCGGAAGUACAAUCGUAUUUGAAAACAAUACUGAUUGUUAUUUCCAGUUUUUCCGCAGUUUGUCAACAGAUAUUUUAUAUCCUCCACAAAUCGAGGUCUUAGAGAUUGGAGAAUAUGAAAUUGACUGCUUAAUGUACCAAGUAAUUGCAGAUCCCAUCGAAAUAAUCCAGAAAGAUGUCUGCAAAUGCCAUAAUAAGCCAUUAAUCUCAGCAAAACCGCAGAAAUGCCCAGUAAUCGAGAAGAAGAUCAAUCAGUCCAACAUUACGAAGCAACUCUGCAUUGGAGACUACGCAAUUCCUCUUGAUCCUGAAGAUGAAACGAAGAAUUUUCUCAAAUGUGUUGGAAAAAUCCCUCUUGAGAACAUUUCAGAGACAUAUCUCUAUGGCAAUGAAAGAAUUCUCAGUUCUUCAUCGAUUUUGUUCUCCAAAAUCAUCAUGGAAAUGAGGGAAACAAAAACAGCACUGAUUGUAAAGAGAACUAACUCCAAAAUCUAUGGAGGAGAGUUCUUUGCUCUGUUUGCAGACAGAAAUGACUCAGUAAUUCACUGCAAAAACAUUGCAAACAAACACCAAAUCAUAAGGUUCGGUGAAUCAAUCAAUGAAUCACCAAAAGGAAUCUGUAACGAUCCAAUAAUCGAAUCUGUCAACGAAGUCGACUCAUUAAUAUCAUUUUUACUCAAUGAAGAAUAA